CAAGCCGGUAGUUUCAGUUCACACAGAAACCACGGUGGAGUCGGCCGCGUAUAACCGGAGUCUUCUGAGAAAGGAGACCGAAAACCAAGCUGUAGACAGUUAUAUGUCGUUUCCUGUGAUAAUAACGAAUGGCUCGUCGGUGAUGUACUUUCAAUAUCUACAAGACCUUGGGGGUUGAUAUCCAGAAUCUUUUGGACAUCAUCCCGGUAUUGUAUUUUUGACCGGAUGCAUUUGAUGAUGGAUUGGAACCGUCCCACACCUUGAAAUUAGUCCCACCCGGAUCGAUUUACCGGUCGUGUUACGUUUCCUACCUAAAGCACCGACAUCACCACCUCCGCGCCUGGAACAGGUGGAAACGUGUCAUUUAUUUUUUGUUGUUGUCACCACCCACCUGGAAGUGGCAUGGGUAACCAGGUUGAGAAACUGACACAUCUGACUUAUGACAAUGUUCCGACCGCAGAUCCGAACGGGUUUGACACGGAGGAUGAGCUGGGGCCCCGGAUCGGAGUGUCCUAUAUCUUCUCCGCGGACGACGACGAACAAGAGGAACGUGUUGACGGACCGGACAAGGAUCAGAACGAGGAAAAGAAACAAUACGAUAACUGCAACGAGCUGGAGUGUGUUGUGUACUACCGUGACGAAUCUGUGUACGAGAAAAAUCUCAAACUCUCUGAUAUGAGCACGUAUUCGACUGAGAAUCUUUUAAACAAGUGCAUACCGGGGGAUUUGGUGGAGUUCGUGGCUACGGGCCAGUACCCUCACUGGGUUGUGUACGUGGGCGACUUUCAGGUCGUUCACCUGCACCGGGCUGAAAUCAAGAAUAAUUUCCUGACAGAUGCCAGUCAGGGAAAGCGAGGCAGGAUAGUAAACGGACUGUAUAAAUUCCGCGCGCUGCCUCCGGAGGUGGUGGUGCAGAACGCGGUGCAGCAAGUAGGAACGCGAGACAGAGAGCUGGACUGGAGGAACUCUGAGUGCUUUGCUGCGUGGUGCAGGUUCGGGAAGAGGGAAUUUAAAAUAGGAGGAGAGAUCCGUAUCGGAAAGCAGCCCUACAGGUUGAAAAUGUUGUUUUCUGAAAAGAAAAGUCACGUCCUUGAAUUUCAGAGUUUUGACGACUUGAUCAUGGAGAAGAGGAGAAACGAUCAGAUAGGCAGAGAUGCGGUGACUCAAGAGUUAGCUAACCAUCUCAACGCAACCGAUGCGGAAAUUAAGGACGACUUUCAUCAGAGUGUAAACUGAAAGACCCCAAUAGAAACGGAUGGUAAUGACCAGUGGAGGACUUGGGCAGCGUUCAGCUUUAGGAUACAGGAGCCCACGUGACUAGAACACUGUUGGAAAUCCUAUUUAGUUUUUUUGGGGCGCAAUGCCGUGCGCCUUUUUAUGCAUACCAACGCAUUUUCUAUUGGUUUUUGUCGAUGAAGUAGCAACUCAACCAAUGAGGUGCAUUUAAUUUACCAACAGUUUCUACCUUGAGAUAAGGACACCUUGAAACACACAAACAUUCCCAUUAAUACUGAAAAAAAUAUAAACUCAACAUGUUAUGGUUCAUAUAAAGAAAACAGUCGAUUUAAAUAAAUGGAUUAGGCCCCUAGUAUAUGGAUAUAGGGUCUAAUGUUCACUAUCGGAUGGUCACUGUAUCUCUGGACAUUCCAAAUUGCCCUCGAUUUAAAAUGCAAUUGUGUUCGUUGUGUCCGUAGCUUAUACCUGCCCCAUACCAUAACCUUACCGCCACCACGGGGCACUCUGUUCACACCGUUGACGUCAGUAAACCGCUCCCCCACACGACGCCAUACACGUGGUCGGUUGGUUGGACAUACUGCCAAAUUCUGUAAAAACAACGUUGGAUGUGGGUUAUGUUCGAGAAAUCAAAAUUCAAUUCUCUGAUAACAGCUCUGGUGGGCAUUCCUGCAGUCAGCAUGACAAGUGUACACUCCCUCAAAACUUGAGACAUAAGUGACAUUGUGUUGUGUGACAAAAUGGCCUUUUUAUUGUCCCCAGCACAAGGUGCACCUGUGUAAUUAUCAUUCUGUUUAAUCAGCUUAUUGAUAUGCCACACCUGUCAGGUGAACGGAUUCUCUUGGCACAGGAGAAAUGUUCACUAACAGGGAUGGAAACAAAUUUAUGCCAAAAAAAUGUGUGUAUGGAACUUUUCUUGUCAUUCCAGCCCAUGAAUCAUGGGAACAACACUUUUAUGUUUGUUUAUGUGUUUGUUCAGUGUAGCUUCAUGUCGUCCCAUAUGGACUGGUCACUGUUGUUUUCUACCGAUCUGAGGAGGAGCAAAGCCUUUCCUAUAGCCUUUCAUAUCUGUCUGUUUCACAACGUGCUCCUGGACAACCCCUGGUUUUUAGACCAAUGGAGAGGGAGCAGAACAUGCUCCUGGACAACCCCUGGUGUUUUAGACCAAUGGAGAGGGAGCAGAACAUGCUCCUGGACAACCCUGGUGUUUUAGACCAAUGGAGAGGGAGCAGAACAUGCUCCUGGACAACGCCUGGUGUUUUAGACCAAUGGAGAGGGAGCAGAACAUGCUCCUGGACAACCCCUGGUGUUUUAGACCAAUGGAGAGGGAGCAGAACACGCUCCUGGACAACCCCUGGUGUUUUAGACCAAUGGAGAGGGAGCAGAACACGCUCCUGGACAACCCCUGGUGUUUUAGACCAAUGGAGAGGGAGCAGAACAUGCUCCUGGACAACCCCUGGUGUUUUAGACCAAUGGAGAGGGAGCAGAACAUGUUCCUGGACAACCCCUGGUGUUUUAGACCAAUGGAGAGGGAGGGAGCAGAACAUGUGAUCCAGUUGAAAUUUCACUUUCCGGAUUCCCUACUGUGACUUUAUGAUUCCCUUUCUGACCUGUCUGACUGGUUAUUGUAUUCACAACCACAACUCUGUUGUGUCCCAAAUGGCUCCCUAUAUAGUGCACUACUUUUGUCCAGAGCCCUAUGGUCCCUUGUCAAAUGUAGUGCACUACUAUACAGGGUGCCAUUUGGGAUGUUUCCUGGCUGCACUUUAAUUGAGUCUAUUAUUGAUUUCAUAGAUUUAAAAAAAAACUUUUUUUUGUUUGUUUUUGGAAGUGAAUGUUUGUAUGAGGAAAUAAAUAUCUAUUUAACCUAAAUUAA